GGUUCCAGGCCAGGUUGGAUGGGGUUUGGAGCCCCUCAUCCCGUGGGAGGUGCCCUAUGGCAGAGGGUGGAACUGGAUGUGCUUUGAGAUCGCUUCCAAUACAAACCAUUCCAUGAUUCCACAAUCCUUCAGGUCCUUUCUGACCCAAACCUCUCCAUAAUUCCAUACCCUUUGAAGUCCCUUCCCCCCCCUCAAAGCAAAAACCCCCUCCGUGAUCCCAUAAUACAACGGAUGGGGCUCCGGCAUGAGCUCCUUGGCGACCCCCACACCGGUUCCGUUACCCCCAGGGGGAAAGAACUCGGAAUCCCGUCCGCCCCCACCGAAUUCCGCAGCCCCACCGAGAGGAGGCAAAGAGGGGUGGGAUCCAAAGCGGGGAGCGAGCGGGGAUGAUGUCAGCCUGCGGGGAGCCCCGCCGUGGCCAAUGGCGCUGGCGGGGGACGGGCCAACGGCGGCGGCGGGGGCGGCGGCGGCGGCGACGGAGAACGCGCACGACGCCCCAUUCAUGCUCCCGUUGUCCGGUAUCCGUUUCAACGGGUACCGAUAAUUCGGUUGAACGGUCUGGCACCGCCGCGCUUGGGAGAAAGAAGCUCUGCCUCGUUCGUUAUGGAGACGUCAGGGCAUCUUCACGAUUCCGGCGUGGGGGAUUUGGAUGAAGACGGUCGGUGUCCGUGCCCGUUACCGGGAGAUGAACGCUCGCCGCCUCCCGCCGCUCUGCCGCCGCUCCAACACAGCCUGUUGCACUCCUCGCCCGGUUCGCUGCGCGCUCCUCCUCCUCCUCCCGCCGCCCCCGCCGCCCUCCACCCUUCCUCCCGCCACGGCAGCCAACUCAACCUUGGCGACCACCCGGCGGGUUCCGGCCCCGGGAGCGGCAAACACCGGCAGCCCAGUCCGUUGGUUCAUCGCCGGGACAGCAAUCCCUUCACCGAGAUCGCCAUGAGCUCCUGCAAGUACAGCGGCGGCGUGAUGAAACCCCUCAGCCGGCUCAGCGCAUCCCGCAGGAACCUCAUCGAAGCCGAACCCGAAGCUCAACCUUUACAACUCUUCGGGGCGAGCGAACCCCCCGAAAUCGUCGUUUCACGCGAGGACAACCACGCGCCCACCGCACGCCGCCCCGAGCGCCCGGCGACCCACCCGGCGCCCGCCACCUUCGCCAAAGGGCCCAAACGCAAAGCCCAGAACAUCGGUUACCGGUUGGGGCACCGGCGGGCGCUCUUUGAGAAGAGGAAGCGUCUCAGCGACUACGCACUCAUCUUCGGCAUGUUCGGCAUCGUCGUUAUGGUCAUCGAGACCGAGCUCUCCUGGGGGCUCUAUUCCAAGGAUUCCAUGUUCUCCCUGGCCCUGAAAUGCCUUAUCAGCCUCUCCACCGUCAUCCUGUUGGGUCUCAUCAUCGCUUACCACACGCGGGAGGUGCAGCUCUUUGUGAUCGACAAUGGAGCCGACGACUGGCGGAUAGCGAUGACGUACGAACGCAUCCUCUACAUCAGUCUGGAGAUGUUGGUUUGUGCCAUACAUCCCAUCCCCGGGGAGUACAAAUUUUUCUGGACAGCCCGUCUGGCUUUCUCCUACACACCUUCCCUGGCAGAGGCGGAUGUGGAUAUCAUCCUGUCCAUCCCCAUGUUCCUGCGCCUCUACCUGAUUGCCCGGGUGAUGCUGCUGCACAGCAAGCUCUUCACCGACGCCUCUUCGCGCAGCAUUGGGGCACUCAACAAGAUCAACUUCAACACCCGCUUCGUCAUGAAGACUCUCAUGACCAUCUGCCCUGGGACGGUGCUGCUGGUCUUCAGCAUUUCCCUCUGGAUCAUCGCGGCGUGGACGGUCCGGGUGUGUGAGAGGUACCAUGACCAGCAGGACGUCACCAGCAGCUUCCUUGGUGCCAUGUGGCUCAUCUCCAUCACCUUCCUCUCCAUCGGCUACGGUGACAUGGUCCCGCACACCUACUGUGGGAAGGGUGUCUGCCUGCUCACCGGCAUCAUGGGUGCCGGCUGCACGGCGCUGGUGGUGGCUGUGGUGGCCAGGAAGCUGGAGCUCACCAAAGCCGAGAAGCACGUCCACAACUUCAUGAUGGACACGCAGCUGACCAAGCGGAUCAAGAACGCGGCAGCCAACGUCCUGCGGGAAACGUGGCUCAUCUAUAAGCACACGAAGCUGCUCAAGAAGAUCGACCACGCAAAAGUCAGGAAGCACCAGAGGAAAUUCCUACAAGCCAUUCACCAGUUGCGGAGUGUGAAGAUGGAGCAGAGAAAGCUGAGCGACCAAGCCAACACCCUCGUCGACCUCUCAAAGAUGCAGAACGUGAUGUACGACCUCAUCACCGAACUCAACGACCGCAGCGAGGACUUAGAGAAGCAGAUAGGCAGCUUGGAGACCAAACUGGAGCAACUCAGCGCCAGCUUCAGCUCUCUGCCCCUGCUGAUGGCCGACAUGCUGCGCCAGCAGCAGCAACGCCUGCUCGCCGCCGUCCUGGAGGCGCGGGGGAUCGGUGUGCCGGUAGGCACCCCCCAAACUCCUCUCUCGGAGAGCCCCAUCGGGGUCAGCUCCACCUCCUUCCCUACUCCUUACACAAGCUCAAGCAGCUGCUAAAACACGGCCCCUCCGGAGAGGGGAAGCGUUUCCACGCAGGUCCCGAGGUCUCCAUGGACUUUCUUCUGGUCCUUGAACCCCACCGCAAGGACCUUUCAGCCGGAGCUGGUGGGACCAGCAUUGCCGAGCGACGCUCGGAGCUUUUUGCCAACGCCUUGGUAUCGGGAAUUGCAUCCCCGUUCAGGUGCCUCUACACGUGGUGAAGGAAGGGGACGGGAGGCGACGCCUCGGGUCAACCUGUGCCGCGGCGUCCGGUGGCGAACGGAGAAACAAAAAAGAAACAAACAAAAAAAAAACCAAAAACCCACGCUCAAUCUCAGGUCUUCACGUUUGAAAACAAAACAAAACAACCAGUCAGAAGCACUGAAGCAAUGGAGACACCAGAGGGAGGGGGUUCCCUCCCCUGCGUGGACCCUGCCCGGGGGUUGGGGCGCUCCCCUCGCCCCAUCGCUAAGCCAGAUGCCAACGUGGUGGUCUCUUGCCCAAGUUCUGACCUACGCUGCCCGCGCUCCAUCCCUUCUCCUUCCCAGGACCCACAUGAACCCCCAGCCCGGGUGACAGGGUCUGGCCGUAUCCUGCCCAGGGGGUUCUCUCUCUCUCUCUUUCCUCGGAGCCGUGAGUGUUUUCUACUUGGGCAGAACAAGAGGCGCUUCUUCUUUCUGCUCCUCGGUGUCAGAUCCUGCUUGGGGGCCACACGCCAGAGCCGGGAACGCAGUGCCUAAAGCGUGUGGGGAUGUGGGGUCGGGCAGGGCUGCCCCACGCCGACGCGGCAAUGGGUGAUGACGGGGCUGGCAGGCCAGCCUGGGUGCCAGGGGGGGUUCUCCAGGUGCUCCCAUCGCCGUCCACCUGGGAGCCCUCCAAGCGUUUUGGGAAGCCGGCGGGCUCUUUGUGGCAGCUUCCGAACUGCUGGAUUCCAAACCCCCAUCAGCUACAACUGCCUCUGCUCGCAGCAGGAACGUCCGCACUCGAAGCCAGGCGGCAGCGCCAAAGCGCUGGGGUCGAGCUGGGAGGCUCGCUGGCAAGGGAUGUAGUAGCGGGGGUAGGUGCUUCAUCUGGUUAAAACAGCGCCCAAUCGCCUUCGUGCAGCUUCUGGUGGGUUUGGUGGGAUCAGCAGCACCAUCCGAUGCCAACCGGGCAACGGCGCGGUGCUCAGCAUUAGGAGCCAAACCUCAAAUUAACAGCCUGGAGUUGCGCCAGGGGAGGUUUAGAUUGGAUACUGGGGAAAGUUCCUUCAUGGAGAGUGUGGUCAAGCCCUGGCAGAGGCUGCCCAGGGCGGUGAUGGAGUCCUUAUCCCUGGAGGGGUUCAAAUGGGUGUAUAGGUGAUGCUUUGGGACAUGGUUGAGUUGGCACGGUGAGGUUGCGUUGAUGGUUGGACUUGAUGACCUUAGAAGCCUUUUCCAACCCUAACAAUUCCAUGAUGCCAUGAUUCCGUGACCUGUCCUCGCCCGAGUGCAGCGCCUCAUGCUUCUAUUUCUUUUUGCUGGUGUUCCCCUUCCUGAAUCCAAGGGCAGGGAGGUUGGAACUGGAUGAGCUUUAAGGUCCCUUCCAACUCAACCCAUUCCAUGAUUCCAUUCUAUGACUCGAAGUAUCUUUGGGCGUCACCUGCCUCCUUCUAGAACGGUGAUCAUAACUUCAUCAUAGAAUCCUAGAACCGCUUGGUUGGAAAAGACUUUUGAGACCCAUCGACUCCAACUGUCCUUGCUCUGCUUUCACCGUUUGCCUUUUUUCCUCCCCAAUUCUGCCCUGGGGUUGCGUUUGGGCUCCUCCAGGUCCCUGCGUGGAGCCACCAGGCUCCAGCAUUGGGGUUGGCGUUUGCUGCGUUCCCUGAAAACCCAGCAGAAGCUAUUUAUAUAUAUAUAUUUUUUUUUUAAACAGAUGAAGUAACCGUGUAAUUACUCCGCGAUAUUAAUUACAGCUCACCCAGCAGUGUCAGUAAUUGUAAUCAAAGUCACUGUGUUACUCCAGGUAUACUCAAGCCUGUAAUCUUCUCCUUUGUAACUCUUUCCCUUCCAUGAAUAACGCCGCAUUCCGCGCGCACGGAGGUAGGGACGUUCUCAGCUGAGGGAUUUCUCUGCUCAACCCCACUUGGUAGCGGUGGGAGGUGGUUUAGUCCUUGUGCCCUGCAAUUAAAGAUACUUGGCGAACAAGCAAGAAUUAGCGAGGAGCGCUCCUCCGUCCGGUGCCAGGAGGAGGAAGAGGAGGAAGAGGAGGAGGAGGAAGGCUUGCAAAGCCACAAGCGCUGCAAAAUGAACUCCCAGGGCUGCAGAAGGGGUUGUAUUGAGCUCCUUGGGAGCAGGGAAGCGAGCCGUGGUUGUUUCCAUCGCGGUCAGGGAGGAAAGGAGGCGAUAGCUGCCAGCUUUCUUUGGCUGGCAGGAGAGAACUCGACUUCUGGGAAUGAGCUGCUCUUCCAGGCUCUUGGCAUUGGUGUUCUUGCAGGGUAUAGGCAGAGUGGCUGGGAGAGCAUCGCUGCCUUGGCAGCCCCGCAAGGUCUUUGUGUGCCUCCUGGGGACCCCCCCAGCCCUACGUCCCUGGCAGAAGAACCUUCUGCCCUUCUCUGUAAGGAGGUUUCCAGCGUAGUGAUGGCAAAAACAAUGCAAAUCCUAAGAAUGAGCCUAAAAUGCAGCGUUUCCACUGGCCUGCAGGCAGCCAGCGGGAAAAUAACGCAUCCACGUCUCUCCAAAGGGUUUGGGCAGGAACAAACUGUCAUGUGCGAUGGGGUCGUGCAAGGGUUUGAGGUGCAGGGGUGCGUCGUGGGCAUCAGAGAGCUAAAGGAAGUAGCGAUGCUCAAGAAUUGAUAGCGCCAGCAGGAUCCUCCCGGCAGGGUAAUGAUCGGGUCUGGGAAAUCAGAGGGAGAGGAGAGCAGGCGCUGUCAGCUCGCUGAGACCUGGGGUGGGGUGAAGGACCUGGGAUGAGAGCUUCAGGAUUUCAGCUGGUGCAAGAGAUCCUUGUCUAAGGCAGAGCUGCUGCUUCGGUGGGGUUUCAGCAGGGCUGGCAGGAGCUGAGCCGAGCCAGCGGGAGCUCUGCACCUAGCACCCCACAACCCUGUGUCCCCCAGCCUCACCCCUGCACCCCAAAACACUCCUCUGCCUGAGAGCUUGCGGCCCUGGAUUUGCACCCUACGCUCUGCGCCUUGAGCUCCCAUGCACCCCUGCAUCCCCACCCCCUGCAUCCCCAUCCCCUGCAUCCCAUGCACCCCUGCAUCCCCAUCCCCUG